GCAUCUCAAUCUCGUUACUUUGUCUAUCGUGGUUUUGAAAUUGACGCAGACCCGCCAAUGUCCACAUCUUGAUGUGUAUGCUAUUGUAAUAGAGGUCUGCCAGUUGAAGCAUAUAUGGACGUAUUAUACUAUACCGAUAUCCCCCGUCAUUCUAUUAUUUUACUGGUGUUUUACUUCCUAGAUCGGGCGGCAAAAAUCAUAUCUCUGCGCGGGUUACCUCAUCUACCCCCUAUCACCUCUAUUCCAUCAGCAUCACUAUGGGUACACAGCGGAAGACUGCUGGCUACCACCGGAAUGCGGCUCGGCGGAGAAAGACUAUCUUUAAAAAGUGCGAAGAGUUGAGCCGGCUUGGGGUCGACCUUUGGAUUAUCAUCGGUUCAACUGAUCAAACACAUGUCUUCAAAUCAAGAGACCGUGGUCUGUUUGAUAGGUUUGACAGGCGAGUGGUGCUAUCGUGCGCUCGACCCAAAUGGCAAAAGGCUUAAAAGAAUAUCCUGGCACCCACCACAGCGUCUCGUCGAGUGCGUAUUAUCGAUCGGCUGCGUGCGGACCAUUCAGGUUCUGCGAUAGAGGAAAGUACAGC